AUGGAUCUAAAAAAUUCAAUAUAUAAUAGUAGGAAAGAAGCUCAUCACAGCAGGCAUUUAUCAAGCACAACAGAUUGCAAAACAAUAUUUGCUGAAAGCUUUUUGUAUUUCGUUCAUUUAAAAGGAUUGCCAGAGAUACCGGAAGGUUAUCGUUUGCGACCGUUGAUGUCAACUGACUAUCAUCGCGGUUAUUUGGAAUUAUUAGCUCAACUUACCGUUGUCGGUGAUGUUACCGAGGAAAUGUUCCUUCAUCGGUUCAGUUUGAUGCGCAAUACGUCACCUCCUGCGUACUAUAUUAUUGUCAUUGAACAUGAAGAGAUAAGACGUGUAGUAGCAUCAGCAACACUUGUUUUGGAAUGGAAAUUUAUUCAUGAUGCUGGGUGUCGGGGUCGCAUUGAAGAUGUUGUUGUGGAUAAAAGCUUUCGCGGACAAAAUUUCGGAAUAUUACUUAAUCAACAUUUGGUAGCAUUAGCACGACAUAUCGGUGUUUAUAAGUUAUCAUUGGAAUGCAAGGAUGGAUUGAUAUCCUUCUAUGAACAGCUUGGAUUCAAAAAAGAUGAGGGAAAUAAUUUUUUGGUACAAAGAUUUUGA